AUGACCAAGGUUGACCAGAAAGUCGCUCUCAUCGUCAUCGAUGGCUGGGGUGUUUCCGGUCCCGACCCCAAGGCUGUAGGAGAUGCCAUCGCUGCCGCCGACACUCCCUUCAUGUCCAGCUUUGCUGAAGCCAAUUCGAAGACUGCUCAAGGCUAUACCAAGUUGGAUGCUUCGUCGUUAGCUGUGGGUCUUCCGGAAGGUCUCAUGGGCAACAGUGAGGUCGGCCACUUGAACAUCGGUGCCGGUCGUGUGGUUUGGCAGGACAGUGUCCGCAUUGACCAGACCCUCAAGAAGGGAGAGAUGAACAAGGUCGACAACGUCAUUGCCUCUUUCAAGCGCGCUAAGGAGGGCAAUGGCCGUCUGCACCUCCUGGGAUUGGUCUCCGAUGGUGGUGUCCACUCCAACAUCACUCAUCUGGUCGGUCUGCUGAAGGUCGCGAAGGAGAUGGAAAUCCCCAACGUCUUCAUCCACUUCUUCGGCGACGGACGUGACACAGAUCCCAAGAGUGCCUCCAAGUACUUGCAGCAGCUUCUCGACCACACUAAGGAAAUUGGAACCGGUGAAAUCGCUACGAUUGUGGGACGCUACUGGGCCAUGGACCGUGAUAAGCGCUGGGACCGCGUUGAAGUUGCCAUGAAGGGCAUUGUCGAGGGCGAAGGCGAAGACAGCUCCGACCCUGUCAAGACCAUUGAAGAUCGUUACGAGAACAAAGAGACCGAUGAGUUCUUGAAGCCGAUCAUCGUUGGUGGCAAGGAACGCCGCGUCCAGGAUGACGACACCCUAUUCUUCUUCAACUACCGGUCCGAUCGUGUCCGUGAAAUCACCCAGCUGCUCGGUGAUUACGACCGCUCCCCGAAGCCCGAUUUCCCCUAUCCAAAGAACACCCACAUCACCACCAUGACCCAGUAUAAGACCGAUUACACAUUCCCUGUUGCCUUCCCUCCUCAGCACAUGGGUAACGUGCUCGCCGAGUGGCUCGGCAAGAAGGAUGUCCAGCAAUGCCACGUCGCGGAAACCGAGAAGUACGCUCAUGUCACUUUCUUCUUCAACGGCGGUGUCGAGAAGCAAUUCCCCGGAGAGGUACGCGACAUGAUCCCCUCCCCAAAGGUUGCAACCUACGACCUGGACCCCAAGAUGAGUGCCGCGGCUGUCGGUCAGAAGAUGGCGGAGCGCAUCGCGGAGGGCAAGUUUGAGUUCGUCAUGAACAACUUCGCUCCCCCGGACAUGGUGGGCCACACUGGCGUCUACGAGGCCGCCGUGCAGGGUGUUGCUGCGACCGACAAGGCCAUUGGCGAGAUCUACGAGGCCUGCAAGAAGCACGGCUACGUCCUUUUCAUCACGGCGGAUCACGGAAAUGCCGAGGAGAUGCUCAACGAGAAGGGCACCCCCAAAACCUCCCAUACCACCAACAAGGUGCCUUUCGUCUUGGCCAACGCCCCCGAGGGCUGGAAGCUCCAGGGCGAUGGUGUGCUCGGAGAUGUCGCCCCUACGGUUCUCGCCGCCAUGGGCAUCGAGCAACCCGAGGAGAUGACCGGCACGAGUCUCUUGGUGAAGGAAUAG